GCCUGGACACUUUACGCACGGCUGGGUCUCCACCUCCUCCAGGUGCGUAGCUCUGAGUCACCUGGGGAAGAGAGACUGGUAUCAGUAAAAACCAGACCACUAACUCCACUUCAUGCCUGUCAUCUCCAAGCAAUCAGCCUCCCAGACAAUGUCGAUGCUUCGUAAUUUAACAUGGUCUGAUUUACAUUACGCGCAAUGAACGUCACAUGGGGUUUGCUGACGGUUUUUAGCGUGGUGUGCCACACAGAGUCGAGGUGCUCACCGACCUCUUAUUAUAAGAACUGCUGGAUCCGACGCUUCCCGGGUAUUUUCAUCGACAUCGAGGAGUCUCAGAGGAGAGGAGCGCAGCUUCUCAAGUAUUACCAGGAGGAGACGGCGCUGAAAUGCAGCCGCACCUGCUGCCUGACGAGGAACUUUUCCUGUAAUCUGGCCAUAUUUCACUAUGAUACUACUCAAGAAAACGUCAACUGCGUCCACCUGCACUGCCCAACACUGGAGAGCUGCAUCCUCAGUCACAGAGGCAACGUUGUUCUGUACAAUAUCACAAAGGGGGUGGAUCCUGACCUGCUGGUGUUUGGAAAAUACUUCACCUCCAAUGUGCGCGUGUUACCCCACCACUACGGUCGAGUCAACGCCUCAGAGCCACUGCCCUCAGACAAACGCCAGUUCAUACAUCCACCUCCACCCGCUGUCCUGCCUCUGACCUCUGCACCGACCGUUAAACCCCCCACCACAACAAGCAGAGCGUUCACAACCGCUGCUGCCACUACGCUGCCGAGCACCAGUCAGCCUGCAACCGUUUCCACAACUACAGCCACAUUUUCUUCCACUCCAUCUGCUCCUCUGACAGUCCUGGGGAACCAUGCACAAACAACAGCCCCGACCACCUCCUCCGUUUCUCCUGCGCCCAGCUUUACUACACCUCACUCAUCCACAGCCACCACUCCUGUCUUUUCUACCACAACUGCACAGCCCUCCACGUUCACCCCUAUCCAGCGGCACAUCACCACCUUCUCUCAAUCGACCACCAGCCCUCCAACCUCCACAGCCCUUAUGGGUAACACAGAGAGCAGCAAGCAAUACCCCAAUGACACCGAGGGCAGCCUGGGGAGGAACCACACCACAGGCGCUGAGGGAGGUCAGGGAGUCAGCGGGGAGGACACUUUAGGGGGGUUGGGACCUGGGUGGCACGUAGCCGCUCACACCUUGCUGGUUGCAGUGGCCAUCUGUAUCACAGUGCUGCUGAGCUGCUGUUGCUCCAUCCUGCUGGUGGUGAGCUGGAGAGGUCAGAGGAAAAGGAUGGGACGCUACCGAACAUCAUGGCGAGGGAAGAGAGGCUCCAUGCGUCUCAUAAAGUACGUGCUGGUCAGAGAGAGUUCCUGAAAGAGAAGCCAAGAGAAAUAAACACUGAACCGACAUUUCUCUUUUGUUUACAGCAGCGUUUUAAUGAAUGAAUCCAGGAUGAAAAGACAUUUGAUAAGUCAUUUUUACUGUUAUAUUUUUCUAAAACACAUUUUUACAUACUGGUUUCUUCAAAUAGCAAAGAUAUAUCUUCAUAUUGCUUUAUUUGAAACAGAUAGGGAUGGAAAUGUAGUUGCUGUCAACUGAUGCAUUGAGGCAGAAAUACUGUAUAUUUAAACUGAACAGGCAGAGGUAUUUUAUGGCUUAGAUGAGAUUAUCAAAACACCGUUACCAUGAUUUUGGUUUCACUUGUGACUUGAUGACUUCUGACAGAUGAUCCAAAUUCAGCCAAUGUAUUUGACCACAGCAAUUUGCCUCGAGAAAGACGAUAUAUAGUGUACAUUUGGCUGACCUAUAUUUUGAUGUGCUUCAAUGAGUUUAAACUGAUGUUGAUGCCAAACCUCGAGGACAUUUGCCAGUUGUCUGCACUGGUCUUAAGUGGGACUUGGGCGCUUCCAAGCAAAAAAAAAAACAAAAAAACAAAAACUGCUACAAUUCAAGGUUUGUUCAGAUUGUCAACAAUGUGUUGUCCUUUGUGGAGCUGAAAGAGGAUUCCUUUUUGCUUUGUGGUCUUCAGUGUUUAACCCUCCCACAGUUGAGGACAUCUCAGUGCAUUGGGUUUCUUCUGACCUAAAAGUACACGGACCACAGACCAAAACUCUUUAAGAAGGGUGAGGCGCUUUUCAAGAGCCUGCUGCUGAAAGCAUCCUUUCACUGUGGU